AUGCAAUCAAAACUCGAAGACCAGUACCUUUGGGCAGACCGGUUUUGUAUCGUGCAAGAUGAUGAUGGGGAAAUGUCUCAGAUCUCCAACAUGAGCCAUAUCUAUGGCGAAGCGUAUCUCGCAACCAUUGCCGCGAGUUCGGAUUCAAUUUUCUCGCAGCAAAUAAGCUUAGACUGCUGGCCCAACGAAUACAGGAGAACAAACGAAAACUCAGGAGCCGCGCGAAUUGCAGCGGAUUUCUACAAGAACGACUCUGAUAUUCCGAACGGAUGGACGAAAAAACAAUCGCCAACUUCUGACUCCUCUGCGUGCGCCCAGUUCACUUUCUACCUUGAUAACAGUCCGAAAUUCCGGUGUCCAAUUCUUUUGAGCUCUGCCAACAGCGUCAUGAAGGAUGAUCCUAACCCAUGCUACCUUAUGGGCUGCGCGACCUCUGCUUCUUUCAUUGCCGCAGCUGUAAUGGUGUCGCGACGUCAACCCCUUUUUGAAGCUUCUAAACUCUGCUUAAGGGCUGCUCCGAAGAUCUCUGCAUUUGAAGAAAAAGUCUUCUCCACAGGUCCAUCACAUGAUGAGGCAUGUUAA